AUACCAAACCCGAAAAGUCGAACCGAAAUUCGAACCAAAUUUUACAAAUAUCCGAACGAGAAUAAAUUUCAUACCUCCAAAAAAAUUGAGAUCCUAUAAAACCUGACUCGAAUUCGUCUGGACAUCCAAAUGUCCAUGCGUGUAAACGUUGUGAAGUUCACUUUCCCAUAAGCAUAUGCAUAUAGCCAUAUUUUACUCAGAAUUUAUUAAGGCUAACCCUCUGAGAGCUGCCGAGACUUCAUCAAACGACACAGUUUCACGAAGCAAUGACAUAAGUAAUCAAAACGACAUCAGAUGAUUCUGUCCUAAACCUUUCUCUUCACUUCCCUCAUCAGGAAUGAUGUCCUUCGUCUUCCCUGUAACUUUGUUCAAAAACGUUUUUCAAAAAUUUUAGUAUAAAAUUAUUUCUUUACACUUGGAUUCUAUAGCUCAGGCAACAAGGUCCUUACGAUUCUUCCUUAGCCACUGUAUUCUCUGAGUAGACAUAAGGUGUUCGAUAAAAUGCCUGAGUGAGUUUUCAGAUACUCUUUUCUCUGUUGCAGACUUACUCGCAGUGUUACUCAUCCCCAGAAAGCUAUGGAGAAUGCAAAUUUUAAGCCUUUUUAACACUGUUAACUUCAGACAAGGAGAAUCUUGCUGUCAAACGGAUACUCUGCUUCAGGGGGAGUCCUUGAAAGAUGGGCAAGAGCUGGUUUCAGCUUUCAACAUCUUCAAGCUCAAGUUCUUCAACUUCAAGAACUCGAGCAACUUGUAUCUUGGUGUUUGGUACAACAAUUUGUAUCUGAAUGAUAUCCAAGACAGACCCGUCUGGAUUGCUAACCGUGACAAUCCGAUUCCUAGACGCCCUGGAAGCCUCACGAUUGACUCUCUUGGUAGGCUGAAGAUUUUGAGAGGAGCAUCAAGCCUACUGCUUAACCUGAGUUCUACUGAAAGCACUGGAAACACUACCCUUAAGCUGUUGGAUUCUGGAAAUCUCCAGCUCACGGAGAUGGGUCCUGGUGGUUCCACGAGGGUUUUGUGGCAGAGCUUUGAUUAUCCGACUGAUACUCUUCUCCCUGGGAUGAAACUCGGUUUCAACGUCAAGACCAAGAAGAGAUGGGAGCUGAGAUCAGGGCUAAGUGAUACUUUACCAGCUUCUGGAUCUUUUGUCUUUGGGAUGGAUGCCAAUAUAUCAAACUUAUUGACCAUCUUGUGGCGUGGAGAAAGGUAUUGGGCAAGUGGGCUCUGGUUCAAAGGUCGUUUCUCCUUGGAGGCAUUCAACAACUACGAAUCGGUCUUCUCUUUUAACUCAACAGAGAGUGAACGCUACUUCGUGUUUUCAGUUGAUCGCCGCUAUCCUGAAACAGUGUUUCCCACGAUAACGAUAGACCAGCAUGGCGUUCUGCAUAUAAACAGGCUUGACAGAGAGCUAGCUCAUGUCCGUUGCUCUCCUUUCACUUUGAGUAAAGAGGUCAGUUCCAGGGAUCGGUAUAGACAAGAUUACAGCGGUCGGUAUGAGAAAGAGUACAGAGAUUGGUAUGAGAAAGAGAACAGAGAUCGGUAUAGGGACCAGUAUGAGAGAGAGUACAGUGAUCAGUAUGGGGGAAAACCCAGAGGUUGGUAUGAAAAAAAUUCCAGCGAUUGUUAUGGGAACAAAUCCAGGGAUUGUUUGCAGGCUGGUUGCACAGUCCCUGAUAUGGCACAUGGGUUACUGAACUGCAAUCCCUUUCGCUCUACCUAUUUCGAAGAGGCAGGACCAGCUUUACUAGGCAGUGGUUCUGUUGUUAAUGAGACCGGUGGAAGACUUAGUUCAGCUGAUUGCCAUGUUAUAUGUCUGCAGAACUGUUCUUGUGUUGCCUAUGCCUCAACUAAUGUGGAUGGUACGGGCUGCGAGAUAUGGACUGAUCCCUGCAAGCUGUGGUAUACUGAUCCUACCAACAACAGGUCGUCUUCUUCUCCUACUUCCAGAAGUAUAUACAUUCGUGAACAAGGUCCGACAUGUAUGGAAAGUGAUUCAGGAAACUAUAUUCCGGGCUUUGGGGGAGACAGAGACCAUGGAAAUCCAGUAGUUUGGCUAAUUGUUGGAGCAUCACUCUUUUUAACCAUACUUGUGAUUGGUUUCAUCAUCUAUAAGUAUAAAGUAAAAGUAACUGAUAUAUUCCGCAAAACAUUCUACUUUUUACGUGGGAAAACCAUUCAACUUAGCAAGGCCGCUUUUUACUUUUCACGGGAGAAAAUCAUUCAACCAAGUAAGACGGCGUUUAGCUAUCUAUGGAGGAAAAUCAUUCAACCAAUGAAUGGUUUCAUUGGGAGGAAGCUUCUAACACUGAGGUACGGUUCAGCAGUAGACCGCGAAUUGUUGCUGCGAUAUAUGGAUUAAAACAAGCUCCCAGAGCCUGGUUCAACAAAUUUAGUGAUUUUCUGCUGGCUUUUGGCUUCAUCUGCAGUCUCAGAGAUCCUUCUCUCUUUAUAUACAAGAAAAAUGGAGAUAUCAUUCUCCUUUUGCUGUAUGUAGAUGAUAUUGCUUUGACAGGGAGCAACAAAGCUCUCAUUGGUACACUACUAGAUGCUCUCAAUCGAGAAUUCAAGAUGAAAGAUUUGGGUCAGUUUCACUAUUUCUUGGGUCUGCAGGCUAGCUUCACCGCAAAUGGUAUGUUCCUGAAUCAGGAAAAGUAUGCUGAGGACCUUCUUCACAUCUCUGGUAUGUCUGGUUGCACUCCUGUAGCUACACCACUACCUCUUCAGCUCAAUCGAGUUCCCGAUACUUCACCAUUGUUCCCAGUUCACGCAUGUUUGACAUCAAGUUGCCUUAUAUCCCACUGAUUAACUGUGGCAAUGUGUAGUAUGGCUCUGAUACCAUGUAAGCAAGAAGAAGAAGAUCUAGAGAUCUAUAACAGAGAAUAUAAACUGAAUGUUUUCAUUAUAUUUCUUGCUUGAAGUUUAUUACAAACACUAAAGCUUUAUUUAUACUAAAGAGAAGAAACCCUAGUCUAUCUC